AAGCCCCCUCCGGUUGUUCGCUGGGAACAUCCAGCGGAUCGUACAUAGCACAACCAUUCCGAGACAAUGUCGGCUGGAACACCGGUAUCGUUCGUGGAGACAGCUCCUCCGAAUCAUGGGCUCGGACAUAGUCGAGGCCAUCGUUCGCGAUCAUCUCGCAGGUCGCACGGGCCAAUUUCCAUUUCGGCCUCCUCCUCGGACCUGUCUUCAGCAAAUCAACAGCCCCCACAACCUGUAAUCAACCCGACCCUUCCCAAUGGCAACUCGGGAGAUGCAGCCUGGCAUAGUCAUCACCAUUCACACUCUCUUGCAUCAAAUCAUAGCGUAUGGGAAGCUCCCGCCCAGGAUCAGACUGUCCCCUCCUCAAGCAACCAUACGCACCACACGAAGAACGAUAGCGCUGCAGGGCUGAUUGGUGCUCAAAUGCUGAAUGCAUCUGUUGAGACCGGAUCGAACACAAUUCAGGAGGCCAUUGCUGGACCCCUCCUGGCCUUGCCGUGGAUCGCCCUUUCCUGGUACUACCAACACCAUGCGCAUUGGAAAACACGGCAAAUCGUUUUGGACGAUCCCGACGCAAUCGCAUCAAACAAUGGCAAAUUAGACCAAGUCGAGCGGAAGGCGGCCAUGCUGACUGCCGUUACACUGAUACUAUAUGGAUGUGGACAAAUGAUGCGGUCCGUUCAGCGGGGAGGAGCUGACUCCAUCGUUGCAAUUCCGCAGGUGGAUUCGAGCACAGCGAGGGUGGCGCUUCUGCGAGUGUCUUCUCUUGCUCUGCCCAUCUAUGCCGGCCUGAAGGUUGGAGGCUUCCUAGUGGCUCUCAGCUUGCUACUUUCGGUAGCCUCUGGCGUGCCGACAAUUCUCCAGGGAAAUGGCCCACAUAGCAGUGGCCAAUUCCGACUAAGCCAAAAGAAAGCGAGCGGUGGUGUCCUUGUCGCAGUUGUUGUACUCAGCUUACUGGGCUUGAAUGCAACCUGGGAUGACCACCCAUUCUUCGGUUACGUCGCUUUACUGGUUUCGGUCUUCGUGGUCCGCCCUCCUUUCUCAGGGACGAAGUCGGUAGACGUCGACCUCUCUACGCCAACCUCAUCUAAGAAGCAACUGUCAGAGUCCAAUGUAAGCGCUGCUUCAGCCGGCGAAUCUGUGUUGACUGCUUUGUCGGGCCUGCUUCUAGUACUUAUCACGAUCAUCGUCUCCGGCAAUAUCUCCUUUGACUUCACUGAUAUGCUUUACCAUCUUGCUGGCUCUGGUGCACUUGCACUUAGUUUAUUAUCCGUUGCUCCCUCACAUCUCCAAUCAUCACAUAAGAUUGGCCUUGUCCUUGGGAGCGGAGGCGCUGCCCUCCUAUCCUCGCCGCCGAUACAAGACAAUGUUUCGGUAAUCUAUGUCUCGCGGAUCAUUGUUUCACUCAUCUCAUACCUUGCUGCCCGCUUCGACGACAAAGGUUUGCGCCACUCUGCACAGUCUCAUGCCCAUGAACAUCAUGGCCAUUCAUCCGCCGAUGCUUCCAGAAUCACCAAGUUCAUCCUCCAUCAGAGCGAAUCGUAUCCGCUUUUGUACAGUAUCCUCAAGGAACGCGAUUCGCGACGUAUCUUCUAUUUCAUGUGUCUUAACUUCGGCUUUAUGCUUGUUCAGUUGGCAUAUGGCUUUUUGACUGGAUCUUUGGGGCUACUUAGUGACAGUAUUCACAUGUUCUUCGACUGCCUUGCUCUGGUUGUUGGUCUUUGUGCUGCUGUCAUGAGCAAAUGGCCGCCCAGUUCGAGAUUUCCUUACGGUUACGGCAAGGUCGACACGCUAUCCGGUUUUGCCAACGGCAUUUUUCUCAUGAUCAUUAGUAUUGAGAUUAUCUAUGAAGCAGUCGAAAGACUGUCUUCAGGCAGUCAAAUGCACCGUAUUGGUGAGCUGCUGAUUGUUAGCAUCGCAGGCCUACUUGUGAACCUCGUUGGAAUUAUGGCCUUCGACCAUGGACAUGCGCAUGGACACGACCAUGGCCACGGGCACUCGCACGGCAACGAGAAUAUGCACGGCAUUUUUCUCCAUAUUCUUGCCGAUACGCUCGGCUCGGUGGCUGUGGUGAUCUCGACCAUUCUCGUCCACUACUCUGGCUGGCCGGGGUACGAUCCUAUUGCUUCAUGCUUGAUCGCAAUCUUGAUUUUUGCCUCGGCAGUUCCGCUCGUCAGCAGCACGGCGAAGACUUUGCUGCUGGCAUUGCCCGCUGACGUUGAAUACAAUGUCCGUGAAGCUCUGGCGGGAGUCAGUACCCUACGGGGAGUUGUCGGGUACUCGGUCCCUCGAUUCUGGUUGGACGAUACGGGCAAAGAGUCUUCUGGCCAUCACCAUCACCACCAUGGUCACGAUCAUGGACACAGUCAUACCCACAGCCAUAGCCACGGACAUAGCCACGACCAUGGCCAUGACCACAAUCACAACCACUCCCACUCCCACGCUCAUGGUCACAGUUGCGACCACAGCAGCUCCCCCUCUCAUGCUCCCUUACACAGUCACAAUCACGGCCACAGCCACGAUCACAGCAACCACUCCCAUUCGCACAGCCAUGACCUCCACUCCCACUCCCAGGAAACCCACAACCCCAAACUUCUCGGCGUAAUUCACGUCAUCGCCUCGCGCGCCGCCGACCUCGAAGACGUCCGCCAACGCACCGUCAACUACCUCCGCGAGAAAGACAUGGACAUUCUUGUCCAGGUCGAGCGCGAAGGCGACGGCCGGUGCUGGUGCGGCGGAGGCGCCAACAAAGCCUCCUAG